CAAUUUAAAAAAUAUCAUUGUUUGUUAGUCAAUUUCCUUUAUUUAAAGUUUAUAAACCUUUUUAGACAUACAUAUACGUCUAUUGUAUUUUCUACACGUAUAUUUGUCUAUGUAUACAUAUAAUGCAUGAAGUCAAGUUAGUUAAUUUUAUUUUUAGAAUUUUUUAUUAAUUUGACGGUACCGAUGGUUAGCGCAAAGAAAUGAUAUGACCAAUAGAUGUUCAACUGAUUGUAAUGAUAUCAAAAGAUGAAUUUGAAAAUUGAGAAAAUGUUAAGAUUAAUUAUUGACAUAAAAUUACGUUUGAAAAAUAAUGGUAGUCAUACUUUCAAUUACAGUGAUGAUUCUAUAAUUAGUGACUUAAAGAAACAGUAUAAAGUAUUAUUUUCAUAAAAAAUCUUUAAGGAAACUGAAGACUUAUAAUUAUUGUUUCAAGAUGAUGAUCUCUUCAUAACUAAUUUGGAGGAACAUACAAGUGCUUACGGAAAAUAAUUCCAUGCUUAAGCAAACCCAAAGUAGAUCAAAAUGGUAUGCAUAUGUCCAAUGGCCAUCUAGAUCAGAGACCGAACAAUCUAAAUUGCCAAACAGACAACAUACCUCAAGAAAAUGAAAAUUUAGAUAACAAGAUAGAAAUGAAAACAUCCCCUGAUGAUCAAAAUGGUAUGCAAAUGUCCAAUGGCCUUCUAGAUGAGACUCCGAACAAUCUAAAUAGCCAAACAGACAACAAUCCUCAAGAAAAUGAAAAUUUAGAUAUUAUGAAAGAAAUGAAAACAUCCCCUGAUGUGGAAAUGGUGAAAGCUCCAUUGUCUGAAACCGGCGAAUUUACAAUGAGCAGUAAAGACUUACCCGGCAUCCAACCUCUUGAUGUUACAAUAAACUCAUUAGAUCAAAAUGGUAUGCAAAUGUCCAAUGGCCUUCUAGAUGAGACUCCGAACAAUCUAAAUAGCCAAACAGACAACAAUCCUCAAGAAAAUGAAAAUUUAUAUAUUAUGAAGGAAAUGAAAACAUCCCCUGAUGGGGACAAAUCUGAAUUUGAAGAUGUUUUAGAUAAUAACACAUUGAAUUCCAAUAAACUGCUGAGUAAAGGUGAUGGUACAAAAGUAUGUGAUUUAAAACAAGAAACUUUUGAUAUCGAAAACAACAAUGAUUUAAAUGUGGUAUCAGAAAUUGAAUUUGUAAGUGCUAUAUUACAAAAUGUUUUGAAACGUACACUCAAAUUUAAAGAUAACAUCGCACAGCCGACUAAACAAAAUGAGGAAAUUGAUUUUGAAAACGUAUCUUCUUCUUUAGAACCAAAUAAAAAUGAUAACAAGAAACGCCGCAAAAGACGUACUGCAAAAUUAAAAAAAAAAAAUGUCUACAAUUGCAAUAUUGGUGAUAGUCAUUCCAUCUAAUCACUGUGCCUUAAAUAUUAUACAGUUUUACUAUCAUUGUUAAAAAAAAAUAUUUUUUAUUGACUGUAUAAUAAAAAUACAUUAAUAACAUCUUUACUUGUUUUAAUAUGAAUAUUGACUGUUUAUAGUUAACUAUUGAAGUUGAAAUAAAUAUAAUUAUUAUUUAUAGUA